AUGCUACGCAGGGAAGAAAAGUCAUACAGGAGAAAUGCACUGCCCCUGGCUGGCACACAGCUACCUGGCUGCCCUAAGCUGUCGCUGCUGCUAGUAUUGCUCGCCGUCGGCGCCACUGCGACGCGGCCUCGCUUACGCGUGCAGCAGCACCAGCGGCAGCGUUGUGAGGCGCCACUCUGCCAGUGGAAGCCUGAUUUGCCGCCUCCCGACCCCGACACCGUGAGCGCUCGGAGUGCGGAGACGCAGGAGCGCCUCAAAGUGCUGAUUGAGGAGCUCAGCGCGCCAGUGUCGGAUCAAGGUGCAGCGCCCAAGCCUUCUGCAGGCUACGCGGUCGACUACGCGAACCUGAAGCCAAAGGCUAACGUAUUUGGCGCGCGUCUCGAUCCAAAAGUGGCGGGCGAGACGCUCAUCGGCGUCAACGCGGCGCCUGAGGAGCCGCACGAGGAGAUCUUCGCGGCGGGCGUCAAGGCGAUGAAGGGCGGCUACUACAAGGAUGCCGUGCGUUACUUCACCCAGGCGGUGGCGGCGGCGCCUGGAGGGCUCACGGGCCGCGAGGGCGGGCAGUACUCGGUCUGGCUCGCGCAGGCGCUGCAGGCCGCGGGGCGAACAAAGGAGGCUGUCGGCCUGCUGCAGACCUGCGAGAGCCACCCGGACAGCGACGUGCGCAAGAUCUCAGAGUCGGUGCUGUACGUCCUGCGCGCGCCAGAGCUCAAGCUCGGCGAGGAGAACUUUGUUCGCAUCGACUUUGCCUCCGAGGGCCCCCCCUCCGAAGGGCUGUGCUUUGUCUGCUCGCUCCCGCUGCCGCUUGCAGGUUCGGGGCUGAGCGAGGCCUCGCAGUAG